UAUUUAUUUUUGGUGUCACCUGCUGAAGCCUUAGAAGUAACCCCCUUAAAAGAAGCUGUGAAGUCCGAACAAAAACAUGUGCAGAAUAUUGAAAAUGAUGAAGGAGAUUUUCAAAAUAUCCACAGGAAUUUAAAUGAGUAUUCGAAGUCAUCGAUGGGGAAUGAGGAGGAUGGUUUCCAAUUUCUGGUAUCAGAUGAAGCCUUUCCCUCUCCUGCACCCCAAAUUCUAAGUUCCUCCAAAAUUUUACAAAAUUUCCAUGCCGAAGAUUUGUCGAAUUUUCAAAGUUCCCUACCAAGGGCCCAAGAUAUUUUACACAUAAAAUCUAUGGAACAAGACAUCAGCUUCAACUGGCGCUCUGAGAAUAUUUCCGAGUGGAGGCAUUUAAGUUAUGGGCACAAUAAUUUUUAUAUUGGUCGGCGUUCCCAGGACCUGGUGGUGGUUAAAACGGAUGCUAGACUUGAAAAUCCCUCCUUUACCUCUGUAAAUAUUGACCUCCCCAUUACAGCCCUGGAAAUGUAUAGCCACUGGAAUUUUGCUAAACAAAGACCCGAAGGCCUGUUAUUGGUCUCCUCAGGCCCGAAUAUUCUGUGGUAUCGCAACUAUCCGGAAAUCCGCAAUGAAUUUGAGUUCUUCGGCAACUGGUCUUUGGAUGCGGAAAUUCGUCAAAUGAAAUAUUUUUCCUAUGAGUCCCAGGAUUAUUUAGUGGUCAGCUUUAAUACUUCUGCCGUGGAUGUUUAUGAGUUCCACAUCAAAUCGAAGAGGGCAAAGGUGUUUCAAACUCUGCAAUUCAAACCGCCAUUGGGCGAAGUGGAAUUAUUGAAGACGAGUGGAGAAAUUUUGCUAGUGAUACCCCAAAGGAAUCAGAUUUUGAUUUAUGAAGCCCAAACCAGACCACAAUUACAGUUCCGCAGCAAAGAGAUCCUUGAGAUACCGAAUCUAUAUGCUCUGAGAGCCUUCAAGAUUGCUGGCCAACCCUAUAUGUUUACGGCAGGUCACGAAUCCCAAAUUUUCAAAUAUCAUCAAGGCCAUUUCGAGACCCUUGUGGAAUUGGAUAACACCUUCGGCCUUGUGGACUCAGUUAUGCCCAUACCCGUCAACAGUCAAAGGGAGCACUUCAUACUACUCAUCAAACACCAUGCCGAGAAUCUCACUUCUCUUGAUGCUCUCAUUUGGAAUGACAUCACCUUUGACAGCAAUCUGCCCUUCAACUGCCACCGCAACUCUGAAAAGCUCCCAGCUUCCCUGUGUGCCAAGGAGCUACAACUUCAGGGAGCCCUCCUACACUCUUCCACGGAAGAGAGAAUUUCUCUGCUCUCACCUAACCCCAAGGGAUCGGCUCAACUCUUCCAUUUCAAUUUUGAAAUCCUCGAAGAAAAUUUGGAAUAUUUGGAGCUCCUGGAAUCCUUUGAGUUACUCAAGAACCUGGCCGAGGAAAGAGAUAACCUAAUCACCGAAGCCCAUCAAUUUCUCGAAACCCCCGAGGAUAUUCUCCUGCAGCAAAUGAACAAUGAAAUCUCCUCCCUACAGACCCCUGAAUUCCACUUCGAGGGAGAGGUAGACGAAAUUUUCCUAAAUGGCCACAAAUGGUCCUCGGAGGAUGACAAUCUACAAUUGGAUUAUCUCAUAGAAACCCUGGAAGAUCUGGAGCAACGUUUAAGUUCUCUUCGACCUCGACGGGAAUUGGAGGAUUCGAUCAUAGAAAAUUUACACUUGGAUUCAUUGUGGGCGGAGGAAUUAGAAAUAGAACAGCUUAAUGGCGAAGAAUUUUUCAUAAAGGACGGGAUAUUAAAUUUCCCUGGCGAAGUGGAGGUUCAGCACUUGGAGGUCAUGAAAUCGGUGUGGAGCAAACAUAAACGUCAAUUGUCGGAGGAUAUGCACCUCGAAGGAGACUUGGAAUUUGACUACAUUAAUGGCCUGAAAUGGGAUGAAUUUAGCAAAAAUUUGGUCAUGAAGCAUCAGGAACAGGAGCUGGAGGUACUGAAAGUGGAGGGGGAAGUUCGUGUGGAAAAUGUUCUGCAAAUCACUACCCUGAACUCUUUGGCCUUUCCCGAUGAUUAUCUAGUGGCUCAGGGUCCGAGAUCCUCCAUUGUCAAGGCUGAAAAGUAUUUCAAUAACACCCUGACCGCGAAUUCGGUGGAUACAGAUGGUUAUAUUAACGGGCAGAACCCUGUGGAUGCCAUUACCCUAAUGCAUGGUCAGGAAUGGUUGGGAUCACCGGUUUUUAAUCAAUUGGAGGUGUCGGAAAUACUGGAGCUCAAUGGCACUGCCCAUGGCCGUAAUGUGGCAAAUUUCCCCGCAAAUCCUACCCUGGAGGAAUCGAAUGUCAUUGAAGCGGAUUGUGUUUUUAAUGAGCUGGAGGUUAAUGGGCCAAUUGUCAUCAAGGGUGAUCUGGAUGAGAGACCUUUGGGAGAGCUACUCACACAGAUUUUGCAGAGACCUGAGGAUCCCAAUGAAGAUGUUGUGGUGGAGGCUUCGAAGUCAUUUUCCUUAAUCAGGAUGCCAAUAGAUUUUGAAUUGGAAGAGAAUCGAAUUAAUAAUAUCACCACGGAGAAAUUUGUUACGGUGCAUACGCCUCAGGUUUUGGAACUCAGCAACCUGGAAGGGUAUGUCUACUUUUAUAAUCUCACGGUAAAAGGUCUCUACGAUGGCCUAAGGAUUGAAGAUGUGGUUCGUGAUGUCAUCAGUUUAGAUAAACCUUUGGAUUUGAGUAGCACCCAACUGAUAUUUGAAGAUCCCCUGCAGGCGGAAUCCUUAAUUGUAUUGGAUAAAAUCAAUGGUGUCAAUAUCAAGGAUAGCCUGCAAAGCCUCCACGAAGAUCUGAUUGUGGAGACGGCGGAAUUUGAGAAUCUCCAGGCCACCACCGCUGAGUUUUCCGAUGAUAUUAUGGGUCCGGGGAAAUUGAAUAAUAUCGAGCUGCAUGAUUUCGUCAAGGAGCGGUCGUGGCAUGAACCUUCGGUUCAGGGUAAUCUCUUUCUUAAUGAACUCCAGGCCCAUCAGGGUCUGCAGGCGGAUGAGCUGCAUGGUAUUAAUGCGGAAUAUUUAUUGGAUUUCCUACAACGAAUUGAAGAACUACCAGAAAUGGUAUUGAAUGGUCAGAUCCAAGUAGAUCACAUCACCGUGACCGGUGAUGUCCAGGUUCAUAAGUUGAAUGGUCAGCAAUUCGAUGAGGAUAUACAAAUGUCCGCAAUAUGGUUGAAUCGGCCCAAUCAUUUGAACACCAAGCUAACCUUCAAGAAUCCGGUGGAUAUUCAAGGUAACCUUGUGGUGAAGGGGAAAUAUCAAGGCCUACCGCUCAGGGAGUUUUUGGAGGAUAUGGUCUUACGAGACUCUAAUACGACCAGGAAUAUUAUCAACUCCCCCAAAAGUUUUAUUAAACCCGUUUAUGUGCUGGAGAAUACCCAGGUUGAGGCCUUGAAUGGUGUGCCCUUCACCAAUAUUGCCCUGAAGACCCAGGAGAACAUUUUCCCCGGUUCCCUGAAAAUCAAAGGCAAACUGAUUACGCCUCACCUGGAGGUCCAGGGCCAGGUUAACGACUUGGAUUUUGAAAAUCUACAGGACGUUCUCUAUUACGAUGCCAAAGAAAACAAUUUCAUACUCAAAGGUCUCACGGAAUUCGCUGAACCUCUCGAAGUACAAGAUCUCACAGUCCUCGGAGACUUCAUGGAGUUGCGCAACCUCAGCGAUUUCUUUGAAAAUCUGAUUUAUAAAUCCCAACCCUGCCAUUUGCAAGGUAAAAAUAAUUUCACCGGCAGGGUAGCAAUUGUCCAGGGGGCAUAUAUCGAACACCUGAACGAUUUAAAUCUCCCAAAUCUAUUUCAAAAACUUAGUUUUAUACAAGGUCCGGAACCUUUGGUCAUAACAUCACCUCUGGUGUUUGAGGCUCCCACGCGGGCCAAACAGCUUUCCAUACACAAAUCUCUAAAAGCGGGGCAGCUCAGCAACUGUUCCCUGGCGGAAUGGUUAAAUGACACACUAAGGUUGGAUCAGGAUCAAUAUAUACCACAUUAUCUACACUUUGCCCCGGGUUCUUUGGACGGGAACUCCUUAAAUGUUGCCUUCAUUAAUAACUUGGACUUGUCCCGUGUAAUAACUCUCAAUACCCCGCAGAUUUUCAAUGAAUCGCUGCAGUUUUCGGAAUUAUACCUUCAGGAUGGUUUUAUAGAAGUAAAUGGUUCGGUGAAUGGCCUGGAUUUGGAAGAGGAGUACAACAACACCCUGAUGAUCUAUGGCGGCCAACACAUAACCACACCCCUAACAAUACAAUCCAUCAGGGUCCUUAAAGAUCUGCUGAUUUUGGGUACGGUUAAUGGCAAUAAAAAUCUCAGUGAUGUUGCCACCUUGCAGGAGGAUUUGGUAUUAAAGUCGCCCAUCUAUUUCCAUUCCCUCUACAGCCCUCAAGUGAUAACCGAUGAUUUGGUUACCGGCAUCGAUUUAGAUAAAUGGUUCAAGACUACGGUGAAGGCCCAUUCGCUAGAAAAACAAAUUGUAAGCGGAAAUUGGUCAGCCAGAAGUUUGACGGUAAAGCAAGACCCCAAUGAAUUUCAAUAUUCGGCAUUUGGAGGUUAUGAUCCCUGGACUUAUGAACAGUUUAUGAGAUAUCGACGGCAAUUGGGCGCCAAGGGAGUAAUGGAGGAAAAUGAGAAGGAGGAAAUUUGUGAAAUGUUGAGGCAGAUGUGGCUACAAAUCGAACUGAAAACUGUGCGCAUAAAAUAUGUCGAGGAGAGUUUCUUUAUGGAGGUGGAUAGCUUGAGAAUUUUGGAAAAUGUCAGUGGAUCGCAUAGGAAAUUUUUCCAAAUGCCUCACAAUGGAGAUGAUUAUUUGUUGCUAAAUGAAGAGUGUAAAUCGCGUAUUUAUCAAUGGAUGCCCGAGGAACGGCGUUUUAAAUAUCUCCAUUCCUAUGAUUCGGGUCCGAUUGCAGAGGUCAUGGUCUUGCCAAAUCCAAAUUCUACAGAGUUGCAAUUCAUUACGAAUUAUGAGAGCACUGAACCCAUGAAUUGUUCGCUGAGUAAGGGUAUAACCGUGUGGAAUUCGCGGGAUAAUGAAACCUCACCGGAGAGGUUUUAUUUCGAAGAUGUUUGGGAUAUCCAGAGAAGUAACAAUUCUGGGAUCUCGAUUCUGGUUUUAAAUCGCGAUGUGGUAAGGGAAUUGGAUUUGGCCACCUUUGAGACCAUUAGGAAAUGGAAGGUACAAUUUAAGGAACGCGUGCCGAAUAAAAAUUACAGGUUCGUGAAAUUAUCAACCAGAUGCCCAUGUCUUUUGGUCACAAAUGGCAUGGAAAUUGUCCCAUUGACGGAAAUUAAAAGAAAGUCGAAAAUUAAAAAGGAUAUUGGGGAGAAUGAGGAGGAGAAUAGUUCGGAAGACGAUGAUGAACCAUCCUAUGUACAAAUCCCCUCCACCUUGGAGCUAUUUGAAUACGAAAGCAUUUCUCUAUUGAAACCCAAUGAAUCUGUGACAAAUAUCCUGCGAUUCUCCGAUUUUCCAUGGGUUCUGCAACGCAUGCUCUUGGAUUUGAGCACCAAAUUAAAUCAACAGAUCAACAUCACCCAGUUGAGCAUACCCGAAUCGGAUCUCUUUGAUGAGUAUUUGAUACCAGAUUUUAUUGGCAUCAUGGAGGAACUGGAACACCAGCAGAUCUACGAUAAGGAUCUCUUGAAUAUCACCUUUAGCAACAUAUCCCUACCUGAAACUCCGGGUCAGGUUCUAACUGCCCAGGUCAUACAAAUUGUAUGGCCUUUUGCCGAAGAUCUGCAGGCUAUGCAGAGCCAAAUGAAUCAAACCCAUAACCUCACGGAGUAUGAAGACAUCAAAAAUUCCCUGGCCAUAUUUAUAUCCUCGAUUCUACAGGAGAGCAAUAAAAAUACCUCUGGGGAUCACUCCGAAGAUCUCUUUAAAACCAUACAAAAUAUUCGAAAAUUCGAUAAAAUACUACACAACUUCUUAACAGUCCUCAAAAACACCACCCACUCCGAACAGGAAGCCGAUAAAAUGCUCUACUCCGCCACAACACAUCGCGAAAGAAUCUUCACCAACAUACCCCUGCUAGGCAAUCAAAAAAUACCCCGCUCUCCCGAACUAAUUUCCCUGCAAGUGGGUAGCAUAAAUAACUCCCGUCCCCUCUUGGCCUUAACGAAAAUCUCCUCCGCCACCCUAAUACCGGGACAAGAUUCCGCCAUAUAUUUAUAUGAACAAGAUUUUCAGGAGACACCCUUGCAGAUCAUAAAUGCUCAGGAUCCACACUCCUUAAUACAAUUUCGCCUGAAGCAGGAAACUCUUCUCCUGUUCAUCGAAAAUUGUUGUGAAAUUCAAGUGUGGCGUUAUCAUGGUACUCAGGGUUUCGUAUUAUUUGCGAAAUUCUCCGAGGAGAAGGAAAUCGAACAAAUUGCCACAAUUAAACUUCCGAGCGCAGAACGAGAGGAGAAAUAUUAUUUGGUAAUGUUGACGGGAAAUAAAUUGAAAUUUCAUGAAAUUGUCGUGGAGGGUAUAACACAAACUCCGCCACCCUUACCAUGUCCAUGA